AUGCCGCCAAAAGGAGGGAAAGGUGGUGGGAAAAAAGCACCAGCAAUUAUUAUCGAUGGGGUGGACACCUCCGAGAUGACGCGAGAGAAACUCGAGCAAUUCACCCUAAAAGUAAAAGAAGAGCUCGAUAAAGAAAGAGAAGAAAGGAAUUACUUUCAACUAGAAAGAGACAAGAUAAGAACCUUUUGGGAAAUAACGAGGCAACAGCUGGAAGAAGCAAAAGCGGAACUAAGAAACAGAGAAAGAGCUACUGAAGAAGCGCAAGAGGAGAAUGAAGCACUUUUAGAAACAGAAAAACAGAAAAUAAAACAUUUAAAAUAUGAACAACAAGCAGCUGCAGCAGCAUUGAGAGCUGAAAAUCUAGUAGCGUUAAAGGCAGCUAAGGAGGAGCACACAGAACAAGAGUUAGAGCUGCUUUACGAUAAGAGAAUGUUGCGUCAGGAAAUAAGAGAGAAAAUGUUAGCUGCGCAAGAUGAAUUAAGACGCGCAAAGCUAAUACAUGCAGAAGAGCUCUCGAAGACGAGGGCAGACUUUGAAGAAAGGGCGAGACAGAUUGAAGAUAAGGCUGAGAAGAAGCUACAAGAAACUAAAACAGAACUAACAAUAAAGCACAGAACAGAAAUAGCAGAGGUCGAGGAGAGGAAGAACAAACAACUGUCUGAACUCAUAGCUCAUCAUGAAAGAGCUUUUAACGAUCUGAAAAACUAUUACAAUGAUAUCACUUUAAAUAAUUUGGGUUUAAUAAGCAGCUUGAAACAGCAAAUGGAAGACAUGCAAAAGGUGAAAGAGAGGGCAGAGAAAAUUGCAAGAGAUGCUGUUGCUGAGAGUAAGAGUCUUCGUGAGCCAUUGGAAGCUGCUAUAAUAGAUAACAAGGAGUUAAAACGGCAGAUGUCCAACUAUGACCGUGAUAAAGCGGCUUUAGCUGCAAAAACAAAACAAUUGGCGUCACUGGAAAAACAGUUCGAAGUAUUAAAAUGGGAAUACGAAGUGUUGCAGGUGCGUUUUGACAGAGUGCAGACGGAAAGGAAUGAGCUCAAAUCUAGAUUCUCACGAGCCGUUCUAGAAGUACAGCAACGAGCGUCAUUGAAAACAGCGUUAUUGGAGGCGAAGUUGAAGAAUAUGGAGGCUAGGGAUUUGGGACCAAGGGAAAUGCAUGAACUACUUAAACUAAAGGAUACGCAAGUAGAGGACCUAAGAUACGAAGCAGCAAGGUUGAGAAAGGCCCACGACGAUCUUCUGGCGACGUAUGAAGCCAAGUUAGCAAAGCUUGGGGUGCCCACAGAGGAACUUGGAUUUAAGCCAUUAAAGGCUGUUGCUGUGGCAGGAUUAUCACCAAUCAUCGGCCAAGGUCCAGCUGGAUUGGUGACUAAGGAUCAAAUUUGA